CUCACUCACUCAGACCGGCGUACGUGCAUUGCUCUGGCCACCCAUGUGUGAAUCGAUCAAUGGCAGGGCAGACGUCCGUCUAUUCUGAUUCCCUCACGCACCGCACCCACUUCUAAUCUUCCUACACUAUACAACGCUACCAUCAGACGGCCACUCUCUUCAUCCGCAAACUCUCUCUUCUGCACGGCGAUAGCUUGGACCCCCCUCCCCCUCUGCAUCCCUGUUACGUACGUACAGCCCCCUUUCCCCUCUUAUCAGACCGGCUACUCAAGGUCUCCUUGCGGAUUCCUUGCUACGUGCACAGUCGAGUCUCACUUUCCCCGUCAUCGCUGCUCAGUCUGCGGUCUUGAGAAGGCACUCAGCCGUCGCAUAGGGCGAACGGGGAGCAGCAGAGUGCUUCAUCUCGCACCUGCUGCUUAGCGGUAAUCAGUAGAGCAAGACCCUCCUGUCUCUGCAGCUCCUGGAUAUUCUUGCAAGCAUCUGCAACGAUGGCGGAACCUUCAGAGCCUUUGGCAAGGAGCCCGAGAGGUUCCGCUCAUGGGGAUGGCAUACCCUCUCCCAAUCUUUCACUACCCUAUCGGAAGCUACCAGGCAACGUUAGACGGCCCUCCUUCAGGAGUACACUUUCCACGCAUCCACCGGAGAGUCCUGCCUCCUCCUACCUUUUCUUGGACCCUUCGUCAUCUCGUGCGCCUUCAGUGAGGUCAGAGCUGACAACAUCAAGCGUAGAGCACAACAGCUCCCGUAGGGGAACUGGUUCGACAAUACCUGGUAGCCCGGGUUACUUCUCUGCCACUUCUUCCCUCAAUGACCACAGCGAAUACGCCAACAGAACACUCUCUCCUGCCUCUCAAUACACCUCUCUCUUCCCUCCACCUUCCGCAAGCCCCGGGAACAGAGCACCAGGAACUGUUGAUCUCCGGUCCAGGUCACCUCCGAGCCCUACAGAUCGACGUCUUAGAUCACCAAAGUCUUUCGGAAGCCCACACUGGUUACCAUCGCUGCCUGCAGAUGAUAAUGAAGCGCUUCCCCUGCCAUCCACUUCAUCGCAUCCGGACCCGGUGCCAGUCGCGUUGCCAAGCGGCCGCCAAAGUCGAGCUCAGCGUAUGAUGAGGAAAAUCUCUCAACCUAAGCUCAGGGAUACGGAGGACAGUAACAAGGGCAGUGGCUUGCUGCGACCUCUGAACACCUUGGGUGCUAGAAGAAGGUCGUCUGCUACAUCGUCCCAGGGUGCGGGCGAGAGCGAUGUCGGGCAGCCAUUGACGCCCAGCGAAAGGAGGCCCUCGCAAGUGUCUACACCGACAGCAAAGGAGUUUCCUGGCUCAGGUCUUCCGGAAGAGAUCUCCAGUAAAAGUGACGGUCUGAAGCACAAGCUCUUCGGAAGGUGGAAAAAGGAAACCGCGGGGCAACAAGGCGAGCCACAGGUAGCACCAAGCUCACCGCCCCAGUCUUUUGAAGAGACGCCGACCGCCUCCUCGCCAGUCACGCCCUUGACCGAUCUUGACAGCUCUCCAGCUCUCUCGUCUUCGUCUUCGUAUCGCCCCUUGUCCGAACCGCGGCCCAAUAACUCUGCCCAGGUUACUCCAGCAUCUUCUGUAGCUGCUCCGCAUCCCUCUCCAAACUUACUCGGCAUCAUUGUGCCAUCUCCGAUGGAGACAGGCUACCUGGAGAAGCUGGCGGAAGGGAACUCCCAUGAGCGUUCACAGUACAGGCUUUCACCCCCGCCAGAGGUGCAUGGAGAGGCCCACGUUGCUUCCAACUGCACCAAUUUCUCGGUGGCUCCCUCUGCCAGCGAUGUGGGCCCCGCGAACACGUAUCAGAACAGUCAGCAGAGCGCAGGUAUUGAAGCGAGUGGUCAGCAAAUCUCUCUGGGCCAUGAAGACGCUCAUGCUCUCGGAAGUCGGGCGCAACAGGCGCCCGUCGCGAACGGCGUGAGUAAACCGAACAAGCCCACAAGGGAUCUGCCCUACCCCCCAAAGGCCGCUCCCACGAGCGCAUCCUAUGAGACGGACCCGUUCAACUCGUUCGUCAAUCACUCGCAAGGCCUUGUUCGCAGCAAGAGCGACACUGCAUCAACAGGCGGGCUGGACAGUCCUCCUCUUGAAGUCAGCGAGGCAAACUUGGCCAAGGCUACGUCAGAGAUGACAAGUCCGCUGCGGAGGACCCCUGCUCGGCCUGGUGCGAGCAAGAAAUGGCGUUCUAAGACCAGGUCUCGAGCAGACACAGCUACCUCUUCCAGCAGUAGAAGCUCUUGGACCGAGCCCACGGCCAGAACUUCAAGCUUACAGUCGCCCGACCGAGGCUCGCAGCGAAGCGGACCCUGUCUUCCUUCCCCGCCUCCACGAUCCAGCUCGUCCAGCUUUGGAUACUUUGACGCUACCGAUGUCGUCGAUGUGUCUCCUUCUAGAGGCAGCCGUAGAGUGUCGUGGAAGGCAGAUGCAAUAGUGGAGAGAUCUGAAGACCAUGCUUCUGGAUCUGAAGUAGCCUUUGGAGGGGCAAGCAAAAUGAGCCGCUCCACGAGCUACAACUCAGUCGAAUCUACAUCCGACAAGGCAUCCGCAAGAGGUGUGGAGUCACACUUGAGCUCGCCGAUCCGCCAAAGGGCUUCUUCCUUGAGCUCAAAGUAUGUAGACGCCGCUCAGACUCCCGACCGUAGUGAGUCUAUGAAGUCAAGAAGAAACCAGGGUCCAUCGAUCCAGCCUGGGACAGAAUCUUCCUCCACGACGAAUGGCCCACCGAGUCUGCCGACAAAGAGUCCUUUACGGACCGACGGAGUGCGAUCAAGCCGAUCGGAUAGGACUCUGCCGCCAUCGAGCUCUGUUGCUGCACCGCAAGAAAUGAUUCCAAAUACCUCCUCGACUAGCGCGUACUCUCCUUCCGCUCCACCUUUGCCCGUCGCAAUUCCCUCUGAUUCGGCAAACCGUCGCAAGCGUUCUGCUUCUAAAAGCACAGCUGUGCCUGUUGCUUCAAGCCCAGCAAGGUUCAGCUUAGAAGAAGCAUUCAUCUCAGGUGGCGCUGCUUGGAGUCUAGGAAGUACCAGCUCGAAUCCACACCGUUCUGCGCCUUCAGAUCGGUCCCGCAGCUUCGAUCUUACGACCCGAUCCGAUCCAUCGAGGGGAGCGACAGACACGCGUACAUUGCCCUCACAAAGAGCCCGCGGUCAGACGAAGAUUAGGUCGGAAUCGGUAUCAUAUGCUGGACAAAGUAUCAGCCAAGACAUGCCCGACUUAACGGCUGCUCUCCUUUCGUCUGCCGAAGCUUCCAAGGUCAUGUCGCUUCCUGAUACGCCUGACACAGAAAGCACUUCUAACGAGCGCGAACCUCCACGCGGAUCACAGGAUCUUGGACGUGAGAACGGGCAUAUGGAUCUAGCCACCUUGAAGUCUCGAAAGUGGGGCAUGUCCACUCAGGCCACAUCAAAUUCCGAGACUGACGGUAACUUCCUGCGGACUGCCAAGCGGAGCAUGAGGAAGAAGAGCAACGAUGCGAACACAAGACCAGCGAUUCGGAGAAUCUUUGAGACAGAAGAGCAGGAGCAGGGCCGACGGGUCCCUGGCUUCGACGUGAGCGACAGGCUACAAGGAAGUUCUGGGGAAGUGCCAUCUUCGACUACGUCUGUAGCAGGGGCAAAGGAUAUCACAGCCCGCGUAGUCUCGGAUCAUACAUCGCACUGGUCAAGCAACGACGUCGAUGGUGAGGGAAAGAGACUGCUGAAGAGGCGCAAUGUCAUUCGGGAGCUGGUUCAAACAGAAAGGAGCUACGCAGCGGAUCUAGCCGUCAUUCGAGACGUCUACCUGGCUCAAGCUCGUGCAUUGGCUGGGCCGACCUCUUCUAGUCCCUUGGCAGCCAAUCCCGCCUCAAGACCCACCUACUCGCCCUUGGAGUCUCCGCCUGUAUCAGCUUCUCAAUUCCCCGCAAGCCCUGGCCCAUCCGCUUUCCUCAGUAGGACCAUUUCAAAUGGCGAGCCUCCCUCACUCGUUACUCCACCGAUGCCCAGUCAUGCUCGCAUGCGAUCAGUGUCGGCCAACAGCACUACAAACGCGCCAUCUCAGGCUUCCGGCAGUGCAAGCAAUCGCUCGUCGAUGAUGACGUCCGACUCAAAAUCCGCCUCGAGACAUGGUCAGGAUGGCGCAGCCUCUUCUUCAACUUCCUUUGCCUCCUCUCGACAGGGUGUGGACGACAAGGAUGGAAAGCCAAGCCGUCUUCUCGCUGCGCACGAUCUAACGACUCCAUCCCUGUCCAUUGAGACUGCGGAGAAUAUGCUUCGGAACCCUCAGAACCCUGCUCUCAGGAGCGAGCCAAGCAGCGCAGACAUCGGCGGUAGCGCAAAGAGUGCGAAUGCUGAUGUCACAGGUCUGCUCACUAGGCCUGCAGUGGCGGCCGGUUUUAUGCUCCCGUCGCCAUCUAGCCUUUUGACCCCAUCGUCGCCAAAUCCGCAGGCUCCUAUGACGGCAACGGACAUCCGCGUCAUCUUCGCCGGUGUGGACCAAGCAUCUGCUUUCGCAGAGGAAAUGUCUACUCUGCUGGAAUCUGCAAUGGGUACGCUUGCUGCUGCUCCACUGCCGAGCAAUGUUGCGGAUCUCGCCGAUGCGUGUGACGAUCGUAUUGGGCGCACCUUUCGAGGGUUGAUAGAACGCCUUCACGUCGUCUUUGGCGCGUAUUACUCUCGACAUGAAGCCUCCAUAGCCAGAUUGCAAGAGCUAGCAGCGACAUCCGCUAGGGCAGCUGCUUUCCUCAAGGAAUGCGACGUAGUGGCGCGCACAAAAACCAAUGCCUGGGAUCUGGCAUCUCUUCUCAUCAAACCUGUGCAGAGGAUGCUGAAGUAUCCCCUCCUCUUGUAUGAGAUCUUGUCCGCCACUUCAACCUCCCAUCCAGAUUACGAAGAUCUCAAGCUGGCGAUUGAAGAGAUGCAGAAAGUCGCAGACUCUAUCAAUGAAUUGGGCAGGCGUAGGGACAUUAUCAAUCAGAUCGUCAGUGGACAGAGCCCUUCGCAGGGUACGAGCAGGUCAGCCUCCAAGAGCCCCACCAUCAAGGGUCCUCGUCGUACCACUGGUAUAUUGCGAAAGCAGAAGUCCAGGGUGAGGGACCUUACCGGUGGCAGCGCUUCCUCUUCGCAGCUACUGGGAGAGGUGACCCCGGUGCUGUUGAAGGACGAAGAUGGCUACGCCUCUCUCGUGGCCUCUACGAAGACCCUGGAGGAGGGCAUCGAGGCCCUGCACCGGAGGAUUUUGAGGUGGUCGAAUUAUGCAAAGCAAUGCUACGACCAUCAGAGUUCCCUUCUUCAACGAUGGUCAAGCGUCUACAGUCUGGCUGGAAGGGACGACGCCUUUGGUAACGAGGGGGCGAUCAGUGCUUCAGAUGGCUUGAAGGCCAUGUCAGAGCACUUGCAUCAAGCAAGUGAGCGAUGUGCAGCUCAACUCGACAACGAGAUUGGCAUGGUCCUGCUCCCAGCUCUGGACAAAAUCCGCAAGAUGUUCGCUGGUCCGCGUGCAUACAUGAGCAAGCGAGACGAGCGCGAGGCUGACUAUGCCAAGUACAAGGCUCUGAUUUCCUCGAACAAGGACAUCAAGCCAACGGCGAUUGACCGUAAGCUCAUUGAAGCGGCCAAUGGCUUCGUGGCUCUGCACAGUCAGCUUCUUGAAGAGCUGCCUUACUUCGUGCAAGGCAUUGAAGCUGCCCUGCAACCCGUCAUUGUUUCUUUUGCUCGCACUCAAGGUCUUUACCACGAGCAGAUGCUGGGACUCUUGCAAGACUGUGCCACCACGUAUCACUUGAAGCCGACACUACCCUCGCUUUCAUUUGCUGCCCAUGAGGACGCUACUGCCGAGGAAGGAGAUCUCAGCAUCCCGCCUCUGACGGCUCUGAACUCCCGCGAAAUCACUCAGCAUUGGUGGGCUGCACAAGCGCCUAUUGCUGAGGUCCUUGAAGAGCUCAGAAUUUGCGACUACAAUGGCGGACGCUCUGCAACAUCAGCCAACAUGAAAGCCACUCGGUCCGAUGCUGGCCCUCAACGCGCCGAGGAUUACGCAAAUCCGACGUUCCGCCCGCGCAACUUCAGCACUCCGGACGCCAACGUUGUGGGAGCUCUGCAUCCUACUUUGGCUGCUCCAAGGUACAGCCCUGGCUCGGGCGACAGCUUUGGUCAUCCGUCACCUCAAGAAGGUAGAAGAGUCAGGGAAUUCUUUGAUCCUAAGCUGCACACUCCACCUGAGACCCCCGGUGGUUCUUCUAGAGGCUUCAUUUCUGCCCCGGCCAAUGGCAAGUCGUCGCUUUUGGGCACGAGGGGCAACAGCAGCAGCACUGGUAGCAUGUUGCGAAGCAUUUCUGAGACUCUGAAGCCGGGCUCCCAAGCUCAAGCUGACAAGUCUAGUCACGAGGUGAGGCAAAUGUACAAUGUGCCCUCUCACAGCUCAACUCCUAGGCACAGAGAGCGUCGACUGGCCAGCGAACCUUCUGUCCGAGGCCAGGAGCACGCUUUCGUCCUGCCCAAUCUCGACUUGGGAGAAAAGGAUCUCAGCCCCGUCGCUUCGCCACAGCUCGAGGGGAAGAAUCGCUUGAGCGGAGAGUCAUGAGUCCGUUGCUUUCAAUUCGCUCGCUCGCAACGCUUUCUCCUGCCGAUCACGUAGUCGCUGCUAUUCGCAGGUCUUGGUCUUGUCUCGCCUGUACGCUACACUUCUUCGACUUUCACAAUUGUGCGCUCUUGCACUGUCACUGCGUCCUCUUAUAUCCUCCUCGCCUCUUCUUUACACUACCAUUUAGCGAUGUCCCCCCUCUGCUCGUCUCUGCCAUGAUAUCGCGACGGGUAAUUGGAAGCAUUUCUCCUUUUGUCUUUCCUGAUGUACACCUCGUUUGCUCACUGUGCAUGUCAAUAGAGAUGUAAGCAGUGU